GCACUUUUCCUUUCCUCCCCGAAGCCACGCGCCGCCACCACCACCGUCCCGGCAGGCCUCGCGCCUCCCUCAGGGCCUGGUCGCCGAGAGCGUGGCUCUCCCGGCGCCUCCGCUCUGCUGAGCUAUCUCGCGGGCUCCACCAUGCCCUCAGCGCUCCGCGGCGUCGCGGCCGCUCCACCGGGGAGAGGCGAACGCGGCACCACAAACGUUUCUUCGCUGCAUCCUUUCUCACAUUUCCCCCGCGCCUUUCUUCACGCUCUCUCCACCCGUGACCCGUCCACUUCCGCUUCCGGCCGCGCCCUUCCGCUCCCACAGUGCCCCGCGCCGAAUCAUGGACCACAAUGACAAUGAUUUGCAAGGAACAAAUAGUUCAGGAUCAUUGGGUGGUCUUGACGUUCGUAGAAGAAUCCCUAUAAAACUUAUCUCAAAACAGACCAAUAAAACCAAACCUGCACCUCGAACUCCAAGGAGUAUGAACAGGAUGCCAUCAAAGACGCAAGCUGGUGAUGAAGAAUUUGAUUAUAAUGAAGAGGAGCGAUAUGAAUGCAAAGGAGGUGAAAUGUUUGGCAAUCAGAGGAGAUUUCCUGGACCCAUCUUCUGGGACUAUAAGAUAAACUUGCUGGGGGAAAAGGAUGAUACACCAGUCCAUUUCUGUGAUAAAUGUGGAUUGCCCAUCAAAAUGUAUGGACGCAUGAUACCUUGCAAGCAUGUUUUCUGCUAUGACUGUGCUAUACUACAUGAGAAAAAGGGAGACAAGAUGUGUCCAGGCUGUAAUGAACCAGUGCAGCGAAUUGAGCAGUGUGUCCGAGGGUCUCUCUUCAUGUGUAGCAUUGUUCAAGGGUGCAAGAGAACUUACCUGUCACAGAGGGACUUACAAGCUCACAUCAACCACCGUCAUAUGAGAGCUGGAAAGCCUGUUACUCGUCCUCCGAUUGAACCUGUGCAUCCUCCUAUUGCCCCACCGCCUGCUGAAAUCCCUGAGCGUUUCAUAAUGCCACCUGAGAAACAUCAUAUGAGCCACAUUCCGCCAAAGCAGCACAUCAUGAUGCCACCACCUCCUUUGCAGCAUGUGCCACAUGAGCAUUAUAAUCCGCCACACGAAGACAUCCGUGCGCCUCCUGCAGAGAUGUCCAUGGCUCCACCACCGCCUCGCCCAGUCAGCCAGGACACCUUCCGCAUUUCCACGAGAAAACACAGCAACUUAAUAACCGUCCCUAUUCAGGAUGAUUCGAAUUCAGGUGCUCGAGAACCACCUCCACCGGCCCCCGCACCUGCUCAUCAUCAUCCUGAAUACCAGGGCCAGCCAGUGGUAUCGCACCCUCACCACAUUAUGCCUCCACAGCAACAUUACGCGCCACCCCCACCACCACCUCCACCAAUAAGCCAUCCACUGCAACACCCUCCCCAGGCCGCAGGUACUCCGCACAUGGUGUAUAGCCAAGCUCCUCCACCACCAAUGACCUCUGCUCCUCCUCCAAUAACCCCACCACCUGGACAUAUAAUUGCCCAGAUGCCACCAUAUAUGAAUCAUCCUCCUCCGGGACCUCCCCCUCCUCAGCAUGGAGGCCCCCCUGUAAAUGUAAAUGCUCCCCCUCCCCAUCACUAUAAUCCUAACUCUUUGCCACAGUUCAGUGAAGAUCAAGGAACGCUUAGUCCCCCUUUCACACAGCCUGGGGGAAUGAGUCCAGGGAUAUGGCCCGCUCCGAGGGGGCCACCUCCACCUCCAAGAAUGCAAGGGCCUCCUGCUCAGGCCCCGCUUCCUGGACCACACCACCCUGAUCAAGCCAGAUACAGACCCUAUUACCAGUGAUGUGAGCAAUUAUGUGAAUAGAGAGUGCUAUGAAGAGGAUAGAACUAUAUACAACAGCCUUUUAACUAAUUGUUUUGGGGUUAUUUUAUUGUGGUUUUUUUUUUAAAAAAAAAUACUGUCAUUUUGACUGUAAGACAUUUGGGGGUUGAAUCUCAAAUGAUUUUUAAGCGUUGGCCGUAGGACUCUGACUUCAAAUAUUCUGUAGUGCUGAAAUAAGUGGCUUAGUAGACCACAGUUUCAUUUUAACAGAACUUCUGUCUCUAGUGUGGUUAAAUUGUUCUAAGAUGAACACUUGUAAUGUUAUUUCCUGGAGAAAAUGAACACGUUGUAUCAUUCUGAAUAUUGUUUUUGUUAAAUCCAGUGUUUAGUUUCACUUGUGAUAUGUUUUUGUUAAAUUCUGUACAACAAUUAAAUUCAAAUAUGGUUGUAAAAAUGGUGGGUUUCUAUAUGAAAUUAACACAAACAUAGCUCGGGGACGCGUUUCAGCACUAAUCUUUUCCAAAUGGGCAGUGUAAUGGAACACUAAGGGAACUUUACAGUCACCAUUACUUAUAAGGAAUUCAGGCUAUGGUGAAUUCAUAGCAUUAGAAAUCAGACAUUGAGAAUACUGCAUUUCAGCUUUUUUUCUUUAAAUUUAUGCAGAAAGAUAAAUUUGUCAUAAGUUCAGCUUUGGCCAUGACACGAAACCAUGUAAUAAUGCAUUGCAGGUUUUGAUUUUUUUUUUUUAAUUUGUUUUUAUUUGAGUUUUGGGGGUUUUGUUUGUUUUAAAGCUCAUUUUGUUUCAGAAGGUUCUGUUUACAUGUACGCUACUCACUGCAGUUGAAUUCAAACAAUUCUCUUUACCUAUGGCUACGUUUGUGUGGAGAUGGCUGUGAGUUAGUUUGCCAUGUCUGUGAGAAGCAGAUUAUUUUAGGUAGCAGAGUGGUGUUUGCCUCUGCCACUUUAUACAAUAUGUACAGUAAGAAAACUUCCCUCUUGGAUAACCAGAAAAAAGUGGUCUGAAAUCCCUUAUGUAGAUACAAAGAAAUAAAAAAGCUACACGUCCUUUAUCUGUUUUGAUUUUGUGAUACGGACCUAAUUGAACAGAAAGUGUUUUCCUUUUUUUAAAAGCAGCACUAUAAGCAGGCCCUCGGGUCUGUUUUGGCCCAAGAUUUAUGUUUCAUAAGCAUACUUUUAAAGAGAAAUCUAAUAAGCAUAAAAUGAGAAUGUUCCUUCUUUUGGUUUCUCUGAAAAAAGUAAUUUUGAAUAAAACAAACUGAUUAAAUAAAAAGAAUCUGGUGGUAUGAUAGAGUGCUGUGGUAUGGCAUUGGUUGAAAAUUUAUUGUUUCGGUGCAUAUGAAGGCAAAAAUAACAGCGUUACUUUGUUUCGGUAACUUUAUUAAUAAACACAUGAGGGUCUUUUAAGGACCUGCUUUCAUCACUGUUAAAACACUUGGUAGGAGGCAGGUUUAUAUUGCAGCAUACAAUUUUAUCUGGGAGGAAAUCUGCAUGUCUGGUUAUUGUUAUUUGACUGUGCAAGGCCGAGCUUAUGUUUAAUGUACCUGUUUGAAAUGGACUGACUGGCAGGUCUGGGUACCAGUGUCACUUUAUUUGGGCUGAGAAGGCAACACAUGCGGGUUUACAAGGAUACGACAGGCUUUUGUGCAGCGAGACACAUCGACCUCACCCAUGUACUUUUCCUUUGGAAAACAAGACAUUCUGAAAUCAGCUGUUACCUGCCAGUUGCAGGUGAUGAGGAAGUAAGGCAAGAUUUUCCAUCAUGCUGCUACUUAGAAGUAAGUCAGGUUGCGUACUUCUGUUGUAUGCUGCCGGGUCUGUUGGGAAGCAGAGGAAGGGUUCACAUGUAAUAAUUCUUGACCUGCUGCUAUUCUUCUUCAAAUUAAUAAUAAAAUGCUUCUCUGGAAAUGCUGAGGCAGUCGGAUUGAUAAGGGAAUACAGCAACCUUAGAAUCAUAGAAUCGCUAGGUUGGAAAAGACCUCUUAGAUCAUCGAGUCCAACCUUUGCUCUGUCAAAAAGGAAAAAAAGGUAAAAUAUCGCUAUAGAGAAUGUGUGAGAUUUUUUACUGUUUAUAUUUGAGGCAAAGCUGCUAUAUGUCAUCUGGACAGUGACCAAAAAAAAUCAGAGGGCUCCCUUGCAGUAUUCAGUGACCACGGACCAGAAGUCUUUGUGAUAGAGGACUUAAUGAAAGGUCAUGUUAUGUAGGCAGAACUUUGACUUGAGUCAGAUUUCUGUGUCCUCGAACAGGAAGACCUAAAUCAAUUUAUUAAGUCUUAGGUUUACCGGUGUAGCUAAGGGUACUGCUGAUGCUUUCAUAUUUACAAAGGUAAACAAUGUCUGUGUUGGUCAAAAUCUUAUGUUAGCAGUCUUUUUGGGCUUUGGGGCAUAUUUUGGUUUUUUGUUGUUCGGUUGGUUGCAGGAGUUUUGCAAAAUUCCUGAUUAUUUCACUGUGAAGUUCAGAAAUGCCAUAUAUUGUACUUGAUUGUGUAAUGACAGUCUUAAUAAUGGUGAGAUGUGCUUGCGAAUUCUUUGGAUUCCUACUUAGGUUUUCCUUUAAAGACAAACAUUUGAAUUGAAUCAGUUAUGUUUAUUUUGCAUAAAUAUCCCUGUCUGUGGUGAUGAUUUCUCUCCCAAAGCAUUGCUGAGGAGAUCUCAAGUUUUGAAGACAGCUCCGAUGACAUUUGAAUUUGUCAGGCAUUGUAGGUUCCCCUAGUAAUGUCACAUAAGGGAAUGAAAAGGGGUUUGGUGACUGUUUGUAUCCACCAUGAAAUGAGUGAAAGGACACCAGCAGACAGCCUGAAAACAUUUGUGGUUUAGAUCCUUGUCUCCUUAUACUUUAUCUUCAAUGUCAUCUUCAACUUUGCUUAAAGGAUUGCCUGCAACCAUGCAUACUUUACAAUAAGCAGGCUAAUUGCAUGAGUGUGUACUUUAUUUGGUGUUUUCUUUUCCAAAUACUACUAACGUAAAGACUGGUUACCUAGAUUUGAUAAGUGAUAUCUUCAUGCCUUGUAAAAAAGAAAAAAUGCUAAUUAGUUUUAAAAAAUCUGAUUCAAGAGGAAUAGAAAAGCCUACUAGAUGGAGUUUCCGCUU